AUGACUGAUCUAGAAAAGAAGGUUAGCCAAACAUGUAGUGCAAAAGUGCUGUUGUUUGCGUUAUUGGGAUUAUGUGUGCUGAUGAUUUUCAGUAUGCUAAUAUUUUGGUACCAUAUCAAAGAGAUGGCUUCGUUUUCUGAGGAAAUUGCUAAUGACCUCAAGGAACUGUAUGAAAAGGAUACCAAACGAUUACUGAAAGUUCUAAAAUCAACUGAGUUUGAAAACAAAGAAAUGAUGACCAACAAUUUACCAGCAGACAUCAAACUAGUUCCAACUGUUGCCCUAUCCUGGAAACACGUGAAUGAAAUCUUCACAUUGUCGGAGAAAUUAUCUGACUCUGUACAUAACCUAUUCAACAAUGAAACAGGGGUAUUAUUUGGCGUGCUGAAAUUACCUCGAAACAAACAAACGCCGACAAACUGGAAGUCAAUAGUUCGUAACAUGACCGCGUUGAACGAUUCAGCCAUUGUAAACAUUUCCCUGACUAAGAUUCCGAUUAAAGCGCCAUCUAAACCUCCAUCUGAUCGUCUGGACAACUGUGAGUCCUGUUUCAAACACAGUUUUAAUUACAUUUUAGACAAUGACAAAAUAUGUUCUCGCAACGAUAAGUCUCCGGAAAUAGACAUUGUUGUUAUGAUAUUUACUAUUCACAAGAACAGAAUACAAAGGGACACCAUACGUAGAACAUGGCUCACUUACGCUAAAAACAAUUCGUUAGAUUCUAACAUUCGAUAUGCUUUCCUACUUGGAGCACCUGCUGAUCCAGCGAUGAACGAUAAAGUCAAAGAGGAAUUUAAUUUAUUCAAGGAUAUUCUUCAGGAAGAUUUCAAAGAUAGUUACAGCAAUUUGACCUACAAGACCAUGAUGGCAUUCAAAUGGGCCAGCACCAAGUGCAAAGAAGCCAAAUUUGUGAUGAAAACUGAUGAUGAUAUGUAUGUCAAUAUCCCUAACAUUAUUACUGCAGCGAAAGCCCGCAAAGACCAAUUACAGACAUCCGUAGGAGGAGCAUGUCAUCAAAAGGCACAACCAAUCCGUGACCAGCGUUCAAAAUGGUAUGCCUCCAAAAGGAGUUUUCCUGGAAGUCAUUAUCCGGGAUUUUGUUCCGGUACCGGAUACGUUACUAGUAUGAACGUUGUAACAAAAGUGUUUGAAGUGUCGCAGCAUGUACCAUUUUUCCAUCUUGAGGACGUGUAUGUUGCCCUCUGUAUAAGAAAACUCGGAUACAAGUUACAAGCGAUAGCUAAUUUCAAUGCUGGAAGAUUUCGUGCCGACCCUUGUAUUUACCAGGGUAACACCAUGAUGACGUCACAUCAAGUUCCGCCAGAUAUGAUGCAGAAAAUGUGGUCUGGAAAGUGUAAUAGAAAUUAG